CUCAGUCACAAGUCUUGUCGCACGCCCGUCGAGUCGAUCGCCAGCCCCACAUCGGUUCAGAUUAAUAUUCGUAGAUCUCUGAUUAAUCCGUCGCGCCAUGAGAACUUUUUCGGACCGAAGCACAGCCGCUGCGGAGGUUCUAUGCGUUGCUAUUAUUUACUCGCUGGCAUUGAGCUUGACCGCGCAGAGCACAGGCAACUGUAUAUCGAAGACCCAAAAUGGAAGAACUCCCGGCCACUGCAUCUCCAUCAGGGAGUGCGAAUACUUUAUGAGGAUAUUGUCAUCCGUCAACCUGACCCAAAGCGAUCGAAUCCUGUUGCGCGACAAUCAAUGUGGUGCACGCGGCCGUGAUGUUCAGGUCUGUUGUCCCAGCACGGAUGGCCUGGGUGCACUCACUCACCCGUUGCUGCCCCAGGACUGUGGCUCCGUGAGAUGGCAGCGCACAAAUGUCACGGAAACGCGCAUCAAGGAGUUCCCUUGGCUGGCUCUCAUCGAAUAUACAAAGGCGUCCAACGAGAAGAUUCAUGCCUGCGGUGGAGUGCUGAUAAGCAACCGCUACUUGUUAACGGCGGCACACUGUGUGGCCAGCGCUGCGGCCAAUAAUCUGCAGAUUAGCGCCGUGCGGCUGGGGGAAUGGGACACAAGCACGAAUCCGGAUUGCCAGUUCCAAGAGCACACGAACGUCGCCGACUGUGCUCCCGUGUACCAGGAUAUUGGCGUGGAGCAGGUCGUCAGCCAUCCGCUGUACAACAGAACCGACGUAAGCCAGGUGAAUGACAUUGCCCUGAUACGCCUGGCCCAGCCAGCCCUUCUCAACCAGUUCGUGGAGCCCAUUUGUCUGCCCAACAAGCAGCUCCGCGCCGACGAACUGGAGGGUCUGAUCACCGAGGUUGCCGGCUGGCAGGCCAAGUCCAGCUCGCGCAUGAAGAAGAGCACGGUGACGAUCACAUCCAUUGAGGAGUGCCAGAAAAAAUAUGCCCGCCAAAAUCUGCAUCUCCAAUCCUCGCAGUUGUGCGGCGCCGCCAGCUCCAACGAGUGCCAUGGAAACUCGGGCGGACCCCUGAUGUUGUACAAGAAUGGUGGCUAUCUACUGGGUGGCCUGGUGUCCUUUGGCCCGGUUCCAUGCCCAAAUCCCGACUGGCCCGAUGUCUACACGCGCGUGGCCUCCUACGUUGAUUGGAUACAUGGCGAGCUGAGGGCAUGAGUGGAACACCAUUCAGCCAUACGCACAC